GUAUAAUAAGAUAUGAGGAGAGUAUAAGGUCCCAUUUAUUGGCUAUACUUUUAGUCCCGAAGUAGACAAGUUUCCUGGGCGCCGUUACUUCGGACGGCUCCGAAAUUCGGGGUCCCGACUACGCUAUAGCAAGACUAUUAGGUAUUAUUUGCCGAGGCAGGCUUAAGCCCGCGGAUACUUGAGGCAAUCGCAUACAAACGUCAUUUGAACUCUCGUCUUCCCAAGAGGUUGAACUCUAAAACUAUAAUCUCGUCUUAUUUCACUAUUCGUUAUCGUUUCAACUGUACUUGAAUGUGUUUAUACCCCGCUAUUAUAGGAGACUGACUGACUCAACACUGGAGAAAUUGCUGUAUCAAGGUGGACGAAGCCAUUAACUAUCUCUCGGUAGCUCAAAAUGCCUCUCGCUACGCCGUCGCUGUUCCCUCCGGAAUCACAUGUCUUUUCUAAGUUCCCAAGCCGGCGAAGUGUAGUCCACAGUACGAAAGGUAUCGUAUCCUGCACACAACCCCUCGCGGCAAAAUGUGGUAUCGAUGUAUUGGAAGCUGGGGGUAACUGUGCUGACGCAGCUGUGGCCGUCGCUGCCGGGCUCAACAUGACGGAGCCAUGUUCCACAGGAAUAGGCGGCGACAUGUUCUGUCUCUUUUAUGACGCCAAGACGAAGAAAGUUUCCGCAUUGAACGGCUCUGGCCGCUCAGGCAACAAGUGCACGCUGGAGACGAUUCGCAGGUCGCUGGGCAUCAAAGACGGUGAAUAUGGUAAGAUCCCGAUGAGCAGCGUGCAUGCCGUCUCCGUGCCCGGCGCCGCGGCCGGGUGGUACGACACAGUCCAGCGCUUUGGCAGCGGGAAGCUGUCCUUAGAGCAGGUCCUGGCACCAGCUAUCGAACUUGGAGAAAAAGGCUUCCCCGUCUCAGAAGGAGUCGCGUACUUUUGGGAUAGAUCAGAAGCGCAAAUAAGGGGAGCAUCUCCAAAUGGUGGUGAAAUUCUUAAGAAAGAUCCCGGCGCGGAGAAUGGCGUGCGUGCUCCUCGGGCAGGGGAAAUCAUGAAGAAUCCGAAUUUGGCUCAGACGUUCCGGGCCUUAGCUACGGAAGGUAAGAAGGGAUUCUACGCCGGCCGUGUAGCGUCGGAACUUGUCAAAGUAGUGCAAGAUCUCGGUGGAUAUCUUGAACUUGAAGACCUAACUCACCAUCUCGAAACUGGUAGUGAGCCUGUUGAACCCAUCUCGCUCAAGUUUCGGGGACAAAAUGUUCGUGAGUUUCUUAAAGACAAGGUUAUCGGCGGAGGUGAGGGACAGGAUGUUGGUCUGGAGCUGUGGGAACACCCGCCUAAUGGACAAGGCAUCGUGGCCCUGAUGGCGUUAGGUAUUAUUCAGGAGCUUGAAGCCGCGGGUAAGAUUCCGACAUGGAGUCCCGCAGACUUCAAUACAGCGCCGUAUCUGCAUCCUAUCAUCGAAGCACUACGCAUCGCCUUCGCCGACGCAAGCUGGUUCGUUACCGAUCCUAACGUCACCAAGGUACCUACACCCGGACUGAUCUCACAGCCGUACCUCGCGGAACGCGCCGCGUUAUUUAACCCGGACAAGGCAUCCCAGGUAGUAGACCACGGGUCGCCAGCGUUGCAGAGUAGCGACACGGUAUACUUCGCAGUAUCCGAUGCUGAAGGAAACGCCAUCUCGUUCAUCAACAGCAACUACGGUGGAUUCGGGACGUGCAUCGUGCCCAAGGGAUGCGGGUUUACGUUGCAGAACCGAGCGGCCAACUUCUCGCUUGACGCAGCACACCCGAACGUUCUAGAGCCGCGCAAGCGCCCGUACCAUACCAUCAUCCCGGCUGCGGUGACUAACCUGCACGACGGCAGCCUGCAUAGCGUAUUUGGCGUUAUGGGCGGGUUCAUGCAGCCUCAAGGGCACGUGCAAGUGCUACUAGGACAAAUCGUCGGUCAUCUCAGUCCACAACAAGCGCUCGACGCGCCGCGCGUGUGCAUCGGUUCUGGCAUGAGUCAAGGUGGUAAGGCAGACCUCACUGUAUUCGUGGAGGAGGGUAUGCCUUCGGAGACGGUGGAGGGUCUGCGGAAGCUAGGACACCAGGUUGAAGUUGUGACGGAUGUGGAGAGGGCGCAGUUUGGCCGCGGUCAGAUCAUCCGUUGGAGCAUUGACCCCAUUGAGAAUGUGGGAGUGUGGUCCGCGGGCAGCGAUCCGCGGGGAGAUGGCGGGGCGUAUCCUUUAUGAGAGCGUGUAUGGUUGAAUUAUACAUACCACCAAGCUUUAUGUUUAGCUUAUGAAGAGAAUGGGAUAUUGUCUCAAGAGUAUUGUCUCAAGAGUAUUGAUCAUGCUAGAUGUCUUAGAAUGACUGUCAGGGUGCUUAUAUUUGUGUUACGAGAUGCUACUAACA